CAAACUAGUUGCUUCAAAUUGUUGAGAAAAGCAUAUGACACUAUAAAAUUGGUAAUACCAGUAAACAAAUCUAAUUAUAAAGAGUGGACCCCCACCCAAAUAUUUAUACGCAGUUGUCCUUCAGCUCGUCAAACCUGUUUAUCCAGUGUUAUUAGGUUUGCACGAUGUGGUGGAUAUUGGCCACUGUAGCAGCCGUUGCUGUGGGGUACUGGUUGCUGACCCGACCCUACAGGUACUGGUUGGAAAAGGGAGUAAAGCAAGGGACUCCAAGCUUAAUUUUUGGAGAUAUCGGGGCAACGAUUUUUCGAAAACUGUCUUUUCCGGACGUGAUGGUGAUGCUUUAUAACGCGUGUCCAAAUACAAGGUACUCAGGCGUCUACCAAUUUUUUCUACCAACGCUUCUAGUCAAAGACCCCGACCUCAUCAAACAGAUCACAGUCAAAGAUUUCGAUCACUUUGUAGAUCACCGGAGUUUCAUUCCAGAAGACAUCGAUCCACUAUGGGACAAAAACCUGCUGAUUUUGAGGGGUAAAAAAUGGCGUGAAAUGCGAACAACCCUCAGUCCAGCUUUCACCAGUAGCAAAAUGAAAUACAUGUUCACUUUAAUCUCCCAAAGUGGUGAACAAUUCGUAAACUACUUUUUGAAAAAAGACGAGAAUCUCAUUACAAUUGAAAUGAAAGACACUUUCACUAGAUUCACUAAUGACGUUAUCGCCAACACUGCUUUUGGAGCAGAAUGUGAUUCUUUGAGAGACAGAGAAAACGAGUUUUACUUGAUGGGAAAAGAGGCAACAGAUGUGGGUGGCAUUUGGAGAAUGCUCAAAUUAAUUGGAUAUCUUGUGAUACCUAGAGUAUACAAGUUUUUUAAAAUACCGCUAUUUUCACGAAGCGUCACCGACUUUUUCACUAAUCUAGUCAAGAGCAACAUUCAAAGUCGCGAAAAACACGGGAUCGUACGACCUGAUAUGAUCCACCUUCUUCUCCAAGCUCGAAAAAACGAGCUGAAACACGACGAAAGCGAACCCCUUCAAGACACAGGUUUUGCCACUGUGGCAGAAUCCGAGACCAACAAAGACGUUCAAAACACCAAAAGAGAGAUCACAGAUGAAGAUAUCAUCUCUCAAGCUCUACUUUUCUUUUUCGCUGGAUUUGAAACCGUGUCUCUUCUCAUGUGCUUCAUGUCUUACGAACUUGCCGUGAACCCAGACGUCCAAAAACGACUUAUAGAAGAAGUGGACGAAACUUUGGAAGCUUGUAAAGGUAAACUUACCUAUGAAGCUCUUCUUGGUAUGAAAUAUCUGGAUAUGGUUGUCUGCGAAACUCUAAGAAAGUGGCCUAAUGCUGUAGCGCUGGACCGAAUUUGUACAAAACCGUAUACUAUUGAACCUAAGUAUCCCGACGAGAAGCCCGUACACUUGGAAAAUAACGCUGUGGUUUGGUUUCCCGUUUUUGCUAUUCAUAGAGAUCCUCAAUAUUAUCCAGAACCCGAGCGGUUUGAUCCAGAAAGGUUCAACGAUGAGAACAAGGUCAAUAUUAAACCGUGCACCUAUUUGCCUUUUGGAUCGGGACCUAGGAACUGUAUUGGUUCCAGAUUUGCUCUAUUGGAGACCAAAGCCUUAUUCUUUUAUGUUUUAUCACAUUUUGAGGUAGUUCCUGUGGAAAAGACUGAGAUACCUUUAGUUUUAACCAAGAAACAGUUUAAUUUGACUGCGGAAAAUGGGUUCUGGUUGGGGCUUAAACGUCGUGUUCACUUAAGUAGAAAAUAAAACAUUACUUAAC